AAAUAUUUUAAAGACAAGAAUAAGAAAACUGCCUCACAUCUAUCUGUUAAUAUUUUUGAAAACCUUCAACCCUUACUUAGCACCAAAGUCCCUACAGUUGUGGUUGAAACUCCUGCUAUUAAUAAAACUACCUCACACCUAUCCACUAAUAUUUCUGAAGAACUUCAAUACUUACUUAACACCGAAGUCUCUAUGGUUGUUGUUGAAACUCCUGCUAUAGAUAUUAAAUCUGAUUCUGAUGACCUCUCACCUUUAUUUACCACCGAAGUCCCUAUAAUUACUGAUCUUGAAUUAACUAAUACCCAAAGUAAUCUGAAUUCUUGUUACAAUAAAACUAAACAUCAUGAUAUGGGUAGAAUGGAUCAGACUUGUCGACAUUAUAACCAAUUUUUGGGACGUGGUAUAUCGAAUUUUCGGAUUUAUGGUCAAGUCUAUCAUCUAAUCAGAUCAUUAUUACCAAAUGAAGGUCUCACACCAAUAUUUGCUCAACUAUAUAUUUAUGAUACUGCAAAUGAAAUUACAAACCGUCGUAACAUAAUCAAUAGAAAUCAAGAUAUUCGUCAUUAUAACGCUCCAACAGCUCUUGAUAUAGCUGCAAUAAUGGUAGAUGAUGGUCAUAAGGUAAAUCUGACAAGUCGUGAUAUUAUUCUUAGAACAUGUGAUAGAAAUUUGCAGAGAAUAUCAGAGUUUCAUCCUUCAUAUGACCCUCUCUACUAUAUAUUAUUAUUCUCUAAAGGUGAUGAUGGAUAG